CGUCACCGGAGUCGUCGGUAGGCGAGAGAAAGGGAACAAGAUGGCCGAGGCUGUGCCCGACACCAGGCGGUUGUUAGCUAAGCCCCAGAACCUCAAUGAUGCCUACGGGCCGCCCAGCAACUUCCUGGAGAUUGACGUGGGCACCCCGCAGACUAUGGGGGUCGGCAGGCAGCGCUACACCACCUACGAGGUCCGGAUAAAGACUAAUCUACCAAUAUUCAAGUUGAAGGAAUCUUCUGUGAGAAGAAGAUACAGUGAUUUUGAAUGGCUGAGAAAUGAACUGGAAAGGGAAAGCAAGGUUGUGGUGCCACCAUUGCCUGGUAAAGCACUAUUUCGUCAGCUGCCUUUUAGAGGGGAUGAUGGCAUCUUUGAUGACAAUUUUAUAGAAGAAAGAAGACAAGGACUUGAACAAUUUAUUAACAAAGUUGCUGGGCAUCCCUUGGCACAGAAUGAGCGCUGCCUUCAUAUGUUCCUGCAAGAGGAAAUCAUAGACAAAAACUACACACCAGCAAAAGUGAAACAUGCACAAACAGUGUGAAAGGACUAAGACACUGAUCUGUGAAAGAAAUCCUUCCAUACCAAUUGAAAUUGCUGGUUUUUGUUGAUCCUCAGUACAUCUUUCUGCUUACUGAUGUUUCUGAAAACAGAACUUCAUCUCAGGUGCAGGUUAUGAGCAAGAAAGAUCUGCAUUCGGGAUUAGAGCUGGCUACUAUAAUUUGGCUUAAUAUAACACUUUAUUGCUUUAUUCAUACUGAAGCCUUAAAUUGAGUAAAGUAUGCUGAUGUAAUUGUUUGUGCCCAGAUGAUGCAUUUGGCAGAAUUGUCAGAUGAACCUGUGGUAUGAGUGCAGCAUUUCUAACAACUUUAUCUGAUGCUUCAUCAGUUGUGAAAGAAUAUUUUUAUAAUGCAUGUGCUUUGUAAUUUAAAAAUCCUAGCUGAAGUCUGUCCAUAUUAGGCAAGUUUUGUUCUGAGUGCAUGGUAAAUGGAUGGAGAGACCAAGUCUUCCCAGAGGCCACCAAUAGCCAAAAUGAACUUCUGAGAUUCAAUAAUGUCCCUUCAAACCAUUGCCAAGUUCAAUUAUUACCAUGUAGCUCCCUUUUUCCCUCAGCUAGUAACCUUGAUCAAUACACUGCAUUUGUAUUCUCCUUGGAUCUUUAAGUAACAGAAGUAGAGCCUCUUUCAGAUGCUUCCUUUUCAAGUUUUUGUACUAACUCUUGUAGCCAUGUCUCUGCUUUUGAAUUUAUCAGACACUAAGACUAAGCCUCCUGCAAAGUUGAAAUGUUUUCAAAUAAACUUAAUACAAAUGCUGAAUCAUAUUUAACUUGUGCACAUGUUACUAUGCUUUGUAAUCUUUAAUACUAUUCUCUGGUUUGUUACACAAUUUGGAUGAGCUUUGCUGCUUCUCCAAACAUUUGGAUGUGCAUCAGUGUUUAAUGGAAGAGCAGCAGAGUUAGUUCCAGCCAGUAUUUUCUGGUGCAAUUGAUUUACCAGUCACCAGUUAAGUGAAAUCUUGCUGUAUUCUGGGUUGGCUGUGUUUUGUCUUGAUUUAACUGCACUUGAGGAUAACUUGAGACUGUAAAGGCACAUUAAACAUGUAUUGAUAACUGA